AUGUUGCUCUUUCUGUCUCUCAUUUCUCUAUUGCUUAGCCAGGCUCUGGCGGCCUACCUCCCCAAAGUUGAACUGAUCCGGAUUGACAAUCAUCUGGUGCGAAGACAGGCGUCUACGACCUCGACCAGCUCAGCCACGACCACCAAGAAACCCGACUCACAAUGCACCAAUGGACCACUGACCCGCCAAUGCUGGGGCAAUGGAUUCAGCAUCGCAACCAACUAUGACAACACCUGGCCCAACACCGGCAAGGUGGUCCAGUAUCAUCUGGAAGUCACCAACACCACCAUGGCAUUGGACGGUGUUUCCCGAGUCGUCUAUGCAAUCAAUGGACAAUACCCAGGUCCCACGAUCCGUGCCAGCUGGGGUGACACGCUGCAGAUCACGGUUAAGAACAGCCUGACCACGAACGGGACCAGCAUGCACUGGCACGGCCUGCGCCAAUGGCACUCGAACCAUAUGGACGGCACCAACGGCGUGACCGAGUGUCCCCUCGCCCCAGGCCAGUCACGCACAUACACGUUCCUUUGCACACAGUUCGGCACAACAUGGUACCACAGCCACUAUUCCGACCAAUACUCAGACGGCGUGGUGGGCACGAUGAUCAUCGACGGCCCAGCGACGUCCAACUACGACAUUGAUCUGGGAGCAUAUCCGAUCAAUGACUGGUACUACCGACCAGCAUUUGAGCUGGCGCCUUUGAUCCAGAGAGGCGGCUUCCCACGUGGCCCACCGCCGGGAGACAACAUCCUCAUCAACGGCACAAAUGUCAACGCCAACGGCACCGCAGGCAAGUACAGUCGGACCAGCUUGACCAAGGGCAAAAAACAUCGACUGCGACUCAUCAACACGUCGACCAACGACAACUUCAAGGUCGGACUGGAUGGACACAACUUCACCGUCAUCACGGCUGACUUUGUGCCCAUUGUACCGUUCACGACGCAGUGGCUGUUCCUCGGCAUCGGCGAGCGGUACGAUGUCAUCAUCAACGCCAACCAGCCCGUGGGGAGCUACUGGUUCCACGCCGUGCCGCAAUCCGGCUGCAGCAGCAACUUGAACCAGAACUCCCUCGCGAUAUUCAGCUAUGUCGGCGACACCUCGACGGCUCCGUCCAGCUCUGCCAAAUCUAAUGCCCCGGCCCGCUCGGACUGCGCCGAUCCGAACAAGAACUUGGUGCCGUACGUCAAACUCGACGUGCCGGACAACUACACGAUCCCGCAGGAGUCGCAUCUCGACGUGGGCUUCGCCAUCAUCCAGAACCAAGCGCAACAGACCUUGUUUCAGUGGAACCUGAACUUCACUGCCAUCCAGGUCCCAUGGGGCAAGCCGACCCUGCAGUACGUGCUGGACAACAACUCGAGCUACUCGCCGGAAAUGAAUCUGAUUUCUCUGCCCAACGCCAACGCAUGGUCGUAUUGGGUCAUCCAGGCCGUGGCUACGAUCGCUCCUCCCAUCCCGCAUCCAAUCCAUCUGCACGGCCAUGACUUCUACGUCUUGGGCGCGGAUGCCGGCAUCUUCAACAAUUCCCAGACUCUGAACUACAAGAAUCCACCGCGUCGCGAUGUUGCAAUGCUUCCCGCCUCCGGAUAUCUCGUCAUCGCUUUCAUCACCGACAACCCGGGCGCGUGGUUGAUGCAUUGUCAUAUCGGAUGGCACGUCGGAUUAGGCCUGGGGGCGCAGUUCCUGGAGGAGCCUGACCAGAUCAGAACUACAUUGGCCAUCGGCCAGGACUGGAAGCAGGAGUGUGCGCAGUGGAACGCGUAUUCUGCAACCGCACUCUAUACGGAGCAGGAUUCAGGUUUGUGA